UUAAACACAACCUGCCUGCUGGCUAGCUUAGCACUGCUACGAUAACAGCUAACAUUAGCUGGCUGUGGUCGUGAGCAGAAUAAACAUCUCGACCCGUCCCACUCCAGCAGAACCUCCGUGCAGCUAACAGCUAAAGGCUGAAUCAGGGUGUUUACCAUGCGAGCCGCCUCAGCCCAGGUCCGCUCCUUCUUUCUCUUUUGUUUGUCCUUCAUUUCCUCUGCGCGGUGUCUGCGGCUAGCUGUUGUCUACAAAGCGAUUCAGCUGCUCAGCUAACGGUUAACUGCGUUAUAGCUUCAGUGUGUUGACCCAAAACAAUGUGUUCCGAUCAGCUCGGGACGGCGACGAUGUCUGCUAGUCUGCUGUGAUCCAGGUCCUGGUCUAAAGCGGCUCCACACGCAUCGUCUCUCUGAAGCACCGGAGCAGUGAGUGCAGGCUGCUGCUGCAGGACGAGCCUCUGAGGAAUGCAACAACCAGGUCAAAGGUCAACCCCUCCGCAGGAAUGCAACACAGCAACGUGCAGCCCCCACCGCGUACACACGGUGCAUUUAAACAGAUGCUGCAUGCAGACAGUCCCUUUCUGAGGAGCAGCAGAGACCAGGAGGCUCAGCUAGAUGUGGUCUAAGACUAACACAGACUACAGGGUCUACUUCUUCUCUGUGGAGCAGAGGACAGAACGGACAAAGUCCUCUCUGCUGCAGGGCUGAGGGGUACAGGUCCAGGAGCUGGAUUCAGGACACCAGGUCUGUGGCGAUGUGGAUCUGCCUCUGUGACUCAUCUGAAUACUAAUCCCUCUGCAGACCAGCACACGAGCGCCUCUCAGGGAACACAGGCCCAGUCAGAGCUCCCAGAGCACCCCAUCACCACAGCCCUGUGGGGAUUGCUAUGGCAGCUGCUGCCACAGAGACCAAGUGCUGGACUCAGACUGGCCCCAGGAAGGCAGGAGAGACCGCUACUCAUCGCCCCAAAAGACACAAUCAACAAGCAGCACUUGACUCCAGCACUGUCCGUUAACAGGACGGCCUGCAGGUUGAGGGACGGCUCUCGGGAGGAUCCUCAUGAGUCUGGUCUGCGUUUGCUCCGGCUCUUGGCCAGAGUCCCCGUGCAGCAGCAGAACCAGCACCGUUCCUUGUGUUAGACCAUGUUCCACCAGCAAGACCAUCUGAAGGGCCAGCUGCAGGAGGGCCAGCCAGCCAGCAGGCAGCUAUACCACUGCCAGGAGUGUGGGAAGCAGUACAACACCCAGCUGGGCUACAGACGCCACCUGGUGGCCGCCCACAGCGCCACGGCGGGCCUGUCCUGCCCAGAGGGGGCGCCCUCGCUGCUGGAGCACCUGGGUGGCCACAUCGACAGGCCUCCUCCCUCAGAGGGCAACAGCAACGCCGGCGUGCCAGUGAGAGAGAGGAAGUACUCAUGUGAGCGAUGCGACCGCCGCUUUUACACUCGGAAGGAUGUACGGCGCCACGCCGUGGUGCACACUGGGCGCCGCGACUUCCUGUGCCCACGCUGCGCACAACGCUUUGGCCGCAGGGACCACCUGACCCGCCACUUGAAGAAGAGCCAUGCUCAGGAGUCUGGGUUGAUGCCUCCCUGUACACCCAGCACUCCUGUGGCUGCCCCGAGCCCCGCCACCCAGUGCCCGGUGAAGGAGGAGCCCAUCCCUGUGGCCUCUGACAUGGGCCCCAAGGAGCCCAUGGAGACCUACUCCAGAGACAUGUACAACUCCUACCCCAUGACCAAUCCUGUACCCGGGUUGGGCCACCCCCACGGCCUCAUGCAGGGCUCUGUGUCCUCGAGCAUGGGCGUUGGGCGCUCCAUGCCCCCCCAGUCUUCUCACCACCACCUGCAGCCCCCGGCGGCCCCGCAGCAGCAGCCCUACGGCAACAUGGCCAGGUACCAGCACGGAUCUACCUCAUAUCCUCGCGCUGACGUGGACAGCUUCCUGCUGGACCUGCAGAGCGCCCCCCCACCUCACCUGAGUGCAGUCAACUCCGUUACCUCGACUUCUGCCUCCCCUCAGAGGGAAGUGCUGGGUGAAGGGGUGGGUGCUGGCGGUGACCCCCACCUGCUGUCCAGGAGCCCCGCCAUCUCCUCCACUGAACUGUCUUGCACCACUAACAUGGACCUGGGGCCCCUCCUGGGCUUCUUGCCCUUCAGCCUGCCGCCCUACAGCCCUCACAUGGGGAUGGGGGGGUUAGUGAUGAGCUACCCACCUGCCACCACGACCUCCUCCUCUCCUUCCUCUUCCACUGGGCUGUCCUCCCAGGCUCCAGGGCCCUUUACCUUCUUCCAGCCUCCCCAGGCUCAUGUGCCCCAGGGCCCCGGAGCCCACAACCACAGCCAGCUACCUCAGGCGUACAGCAGUCCUGCUAUGAGCACUUCCAGCUCCCUACCUCACUACUACCAGGCCUUCCAGCAGUAAGCAGCUCUGUGUCCCACAGACGAUGCCUUUACACCAGCUCACGGACGUGUAGCUUUAGCCUGUCAGAGCUAACCAUGCUAACUUAGGACACAACAAAUCACCUCAUCAGUAUUACCUCGUUAUUUAACAAGGAAGCUUGCACGUUUGAGGGAAUGUAGAAAGAGUGUCUACAACCAAAACAGAGAAAUACUUCCUUUGGUGAGGCCUGUUACAGGUGGAGGCACUUAGCUCGCCACAGAUGGUCCAGGCCCCCCCCCCCCUUCACCAGAAUUAGGCCCGUUGUAGGUGUCGGACACUGUUAGGCCCCCGAUCAGACAGAAAGCAUUUUACAGGUUCGCGCACAGCAAUGCCUUUUUUGGUUGACUUUGGAAAAGAACAGUGUGCUGCCUUUUUUCAUGUUGCUAGGCAACCACCGAUCCAGCUGUCCUGUCAGUCUAAUCAAAGAUUAUAGCACCAGCGAUCUGUAAUCUUUGGUUUGCUGCUAAGUAAUAACUGUCAUAUUAGCAGAAACUUGAUCACAACUCACAGGUCUGUGUCUUUUGUUGCUAAAAAUAUCUACUUUAAUAAAAUAGACAAACAGAGGGCGCCUGCUCUGGCAUUGAUUGAGGGUGAGAGGUGAACAAACAUGCAGGAGACAGGGAAACAGAGAUCCGUGUGAUUACAUGAGACCGUCAGAAAAGGGAGACACCGCUGGUAGGAGGCUACCACCAGCUGGUCCAGUAACUUCGUCUUAAUGAUGGUCGGUUCAAGGCUUAUUUUAGCAUGACUCGGGGACAGUUUGUUGCAGUCUCCGGACAAUCCAAGCAACUGUAAACUUCGUCACCACAACUGAGGGCCUGUCUCUUAGUUCAUUCGAUUGGUCAAUGGAAAAAAACGCAAAUGACGUCAGAUGCUUUUCUGCUCAGAGUUGAAAUUUUUUCAACACUGUGCACUCGGAGCGCUCAUUCGAAAACGCACAGCAGGCGCCAAAAAUGUGAAGCACCCAGGGCGCAUAAACAGCGUGCAGAACGCUCACCGCCAAUAGAAUACAAUUUAAAAAAGGUGCCUCUCACUGCAGAAAAUGCAUUCUGUCUGAUCCGGGCCUUAGUCUUCAGGAUACUUGAAACCAUGUGUAUUAUCAGUUCAGCAGAUCAGAGUGUAGAUCGCAGGUACUGGACCUGAAUUGCAGAACCAUGUUCUGUAUUUGGAAAGUUCCAGCCCUGAAGAUCUUUAGAUGCAGAUCUGAGAUCAGACAGACUCUUAACUUCUGUCACUAGAUGCACUUAGUUUCAUCUUCAACAUGGCUGACCUGUAGAGGGUCACAUCAUCCCACACCCCAGGUGGUGGACAGCUGCUGCCCACCUUGUGGGCCAGAACAUUUGACCCAGCAGGUACCGAUCAGACAGAGCCAUGUUAACCAGGUCACCAAUCUCAGCGUCGCUCCCUGUGCCUUUUUAAAUGCAUAGAAGAAGUUAUCCAGGUGUUCACCUAAGACCCACCUGGCUCUGACCUGCUGAGGGAGUGGCUGUCGGAGAUCCAGAUCUGGGAUAGAUAGUCCUGGAUCUGUUCCACGUGUCAGACUGUCAGCCCAGCGUGUAGCGUUAAACAGACGUCUGACUGUCUGCUGCAGCAGGUGGUACGUCUCAGCUUGUGGGGAACUUCACGUGGAAUGUCAUAGAAGCGCUUUUUAAUAUGUUGACCAUCUGUACCCCCAGCCCCCCCCCCCCCGAUGUGUGAGCACUUGUUCUUGUUGUCCUUCCUUUACCUCCGAGGCCAUGGACUCAGGGAAGCCGCCUGUCCCGUGCAGCAGGACAGCAGUACUGGACCGUUCCUGUGGUGGACGCUCAGCUGUGGUGGAGAUGAGCUGUGGAAAGAAGAGCUUCUCUCUUUUCUGCCUUAAGGCCCUUGAACUGAAGGACGUCUCUCACCAGCAUGUUGCACCAAUGUCUUAAAAUGCUACUGUUGUGCCUCUAAGAGUGUCUGAUCUGGACUUUAAGCACUUACCACGUUUCUAAGACAGGACGGUUGGAUCUGUCCCUCAGACACGCAGCGCGGUGCUUUCUGUUUUUACUUGUAUUUAGUUACUUUGGCUCUUCCUGUGCCAUUAGAUUGAAAGUAUAAAGGUAGAUUUUAUGAAUCUAAACUCUUUACCUAGCAGCAGACAUUGACAUUAUAAUUCAGUCAAACUUUCUACCUCUACCUUGUCGUAUAUCUUUCUGCAGAGAUCAUUAGAGAUAGUUUAACCUGUAACCAUUGGGCAGUUUGUACCACUGUUGAAGAGCCGAUCUGUUCAACUUCAGGACCACGUGAGUCCUGGUGGUGCACUCCACUGUCAGGCCUCGUUCUCCAUACUUGCCUUUAAUGAUAUUUCUACUUAUGUACUACCUCAGAGAAGGGACAGGCAACUGUCCAUCUAACUGCAGAGAAAAUGUAGAGUUUUAUUUUUGUCAGAAGAAGCACAUGUACUUUGUAGCUCUGUAGUUUUUUACUAAGAUUAGCUCCCAGCAGUAGGAGGUCCACCUGCUCACCAUCUGCAGCUUCAAGCUGAGUCCCUCCAGACUGAAGCUGCAGGGGGGGGGGUCUCACUAAAAGAGGGUUCAGGACCGGCAUGCUGCCUCGGCUCAGACCCACCACAGUGCAGGAUCCACCUCCUGGACUUAGUUAUGCAUUAGGUGUUUGUAUUAUCACUUACUAGAUUAGAAGACAGGUGAAAGAAAAGGAUUGUGUUUUUCUGAUUGUCUGAACUUACAGUAAUACAAAAUAAAUCCAGCUUUAGAUUUCCA